GAAACGUCUAAUUGCAAAAAAAAAUUAAUUAGAUAAACCUUUCAUAACAAAAAGUCAACAAUUGUCAAUAAAAAUUAUAAUUUAUUAAUUUUGGAGAUUUAUGUUAUCCUAAAUAAGGAUCAUUCGCUUCUUAAAUGAAAUUAAAUGUAUAUUAAUUUGAACAUGGUGAAAAUGUUCUGUGGCUAGGCAUUUUCAUGGCCGGAUUUAGUUGGUAUCCAAAUUCUGAAUCUGAACCAUGUUCAGUAGACGUAAAUCAAAUUCCAUUAUGUUCAUUGGCUGACGUUCAAUUAAGAUUUCUGUGCCCUAGCGAUUUAGACGAAGUACGGGCACUGUGCCAAGAUUGGUUUCCAAUUGAUUAUCCAUUAUCAUGGUAUGAAGAUAUUACUUCAAGUACGAGAUUUUAUGCGUUAGCAGCCGUUUAUAAUCAAGUAAUAAUUGGUUUAAUAGUUGCUGAAAUAAAACCAUUUCAUAAAUUGAAUAUUGAAGACAAAGAUAUUUUGCCAAAAGUAUAUGUAAAAACAGCUGAUGUUGGAUACAUUUUAUCGUUAGGUGUAUCAAAACAAUUUCGACGUAAUGGAGUUGCAUCUUUAUUACUUGAUUCAUUAAUUGGACAAUUAACAACAACGGAAAAAGGACGUGUGAAAGCAAUUUUUUUACAUGUGUUGACAACAAACACAACAGCUAUUAAAUUUUACGAGCAUAGACGCUUUCAUUUACAUAAAUUUUUACCAUAUUAUUAUUCGAUACGUGGAAGGUGUAAAGAUGGCUUUACAUAUGUGUUAUAUAUUAAUGGCGGACAUCCACCAUGGGGCUUAUAUGAUUAUAUUAAAUAUUGGUGUAAUUUAGUAUGGCGUGCUGGAGAAUUAUGUCCCUGGGUAGCUGGUAAAUUAAUGAAUAUGUUGCAUUGGCUGUGGUCACCACCUCAUCAUUCAGCAGUAACAAGUCGAUCAACAAAUGGAUGCUCAUCAACAUUAUCAUAACGUUAUAAAACGGCUUUCAUCUUAGUUCUAAGAAAAUAAAAGGAAACAAAACACUCACAAAUAAUAUGUAUACUUAGUAAGGUAUUUAAAUGCGGGGGAAAAGAAAGAAACAAAUAUGGCCACAAUUCAUUUAUUGUUAUUUUUUUAUUAAUAUAAAAUGUACUCAUUCAUUUACAUACAAUCAAAUGUUAACAAACAAAAAAAUCUAUUUUUAAAAUUAGUCAAAGGUUAAAGUGGUUCGGCUGUCACGUGACCAGUCAAG